AUGCAGAGCGCCGACUCCGACGCCGAGCAACUGUUGCCGCCUACACUACACAUACCGACGCCGCUGCUCUACUCGACAUGCAUGAGCAAACAGGCCGGAUGCAAUGUUUGGCUAAAGCUCGAGAACAUGCAGCCGACACAGUCAUUUAAGCUUAGGGGCGUCGGGACCAUAUGCACGGGCGCACUGCUUGAGCGGGAUGCACAGCGGCUUGUGACAGCCGGCGACACCAAUGCAGCGCUGGCCGUCGCCUACAGCGCCCGGCAGCUGGGCGUCCCUGCAACUGUAUUUAUCCCAAGGGGCGGCCAGGCGUCUGCGGUCAGAGCAAAGAUCGAGCUUGAAGGCGCCGAUAUAGUCGAGGAGGGGCGGUCGCUGCGGGAAGCGUACAAUGCCGCGCGCGCGUUCGUGCGUGAGUGUGACGGGGCUGUCAUGAUUGACACGGCUGACGACGCCGCUGCCAUCGCCGGGAAUGCCACGAUCGUCUCCGAGAUCAAUAUACAGCUACAGCGCAGGAAGCCUGCAGUGAUCAUUGCGCCGGUUGGAAGUGGCGGCCUGCUGGCUGGCCUUAUCACUGGGAUGCAGCAGUGUCUCUGGCAACGCGUGCCAGUCAUUGCUGUGGAGACACAUAACACAAACUCCGCGCCCUCUAAUGACUGCCGGACUGCAGAACCGACCGUGGCCACUUGCCUGCUGGCUGGUUCCGUGUGCCCGAAAGCCCUCGAGCUGUCGAGGGAGCAUCCGGUGGUGCCCAUAUCCGUAUCUGAGGCGAUGGCGGUCGAGGCGUGCCGCCGCUUUCUGGACGACCACCAUAUGCUCAUUGAAGUGGCAGUGCGGCAGCAUUGA